CACAGGAGGGGAGAAGGGGAGAAGGGACCCAGGCCAUGGGACCUGAUGGUGGGGUUUCCAGAAGGCUUUGGGGGGACCACGGGUAGGUAGUGAAGAGAAGAGCAAAAGCAGUUCAAUUAUAGAGAAAAAAAUGUGAAAGCUUCUUGCUUCCAGGGCCCAGAUAACCUGUUAACUGUUGAAAGAAGAAAAAAAUACAUGUAUAAAAGAUCUCAGAUUCUUUGAGGUGACGUUGGAGAGCACUGAGAUCAGAAGAUGAGUGAACUUGACCAGUUACGGCAGGAGGCCGAACAGCUCAAAAACCAAAUUAGAGACGCUAGGAAAGCAUGUGCGGAUGCAACUCUCUCUCAGAUCACAAACAACAUCGACCCUGUGGGAAGAAUCCAGAUGCGUACCAGGAGGACGCUGCGGGGCCACCUGGCUAAGAUCUAUGCCAUGCACUGGGGUACCGAUUCCAGGCUUCUGGUUAGCGCCUCACAGGAUGGUAAACUUAUCAUCUGGGACAGCUACACCACAAACAAGGUCCACGCCAUCCCUCUGCGUUCCUCGUGGGUCAUGACCUGUGCGUACGCCCCUUCUGGGAACUAUGUGGCCUGCGGUGGCCUGGAUAACAUUUGCUCCAUUUACAACCUGAAAACUCGAGAAGGGAACGUCCGUGUGAGUCGUGAGCUGGCCGGACACACAGGUUACCUGUCCUGCUGUCGCUUCCUGGAUGACAAUCAGAUCGUCACCAGCUCUGGAGACACUACCUGCGCCCUGUGGGACAUCGAGACCGGCCAGCAGACGACCACGUUUACCGGACACACCGGGGACGUGAUGAGCCUUUCUCUCGCUCCUGACACCAGGCUGUUUGUCUCUGGUGCUUGUGAUGCUUCAGCCAAACUCUGGGAUGUGCGAGAAGGGAUGUGUCGGCAGACUUUCACCGGCCAUGAGUCCGACAUCAAUGCCAUCUGUUUCUUUCCCAAUGGCAACGCGUUUGCCACUGGCUCGGACGACGCCACCUGCAGGCUGUUCGACCUCCGUGCUGACCAGGAGCUCAUGACCUACUCACACGACAACAUCAUCUGCGGGAUCACCUCCGUCUCCUUCUCCAAGAGCGGGCGGCUCCUCCUCGCGGGCUACGAUGACUUCAACUGCAAUGUCUGGGACGCGCUCAAAGCCGACAGGGCAGGUGUCUUGGCUGGGCAUGACAACCGUGUCAGCUGCCUGGGGGUGACUGACGAUGGGAUGGCUGUGGCGACAGGGUCCUGGGACAGCUUCCUCAAGAUCUGGAACUAAGCCCAGCAGCAGGUGGACGCCACGGUGACUGGAAGACCACCCCACCCCGAAGCGUUUCAGUGACAGCAUUUCCAAUCCACCCGACUAACGUGGACGCCCCCCCACCCCGAACUACAAAAGGGCAAGAUCUUUCCUUCACUUACUGCUGAGACCAAGAGCACAAUCCCCACAGAGAAGAAUCUGCUGUAAACUCGACGACUCACGCAUUCCUUCCGGGACCAUUGUCUUGUCUUUUUGUCUUGAAUGAAUUUAAAAGGAAAUACUGUAAUAAAAAUGUUAACCAGAGAGUGCACGUGAGUGUGAUUGUGAGACACACCUGCUCACUAGUUGGUUUGAAUUUAAAGCCAGUGACCCUGGUCGGGAGAUGUUGGUGCAAAACUGGUGCGGACUUUACCUGUAACGGGCUCUAAACUUCAGGUUGUGUUUGUAACAGGAUUUUGAAAACAUUCGUAUUUCCUUUUUAAAACGUCUGUCUCCCUUUAUGUUCACUAGUUAGACAGAGAAAGAGGGUCUAGUGCAGCCUCUCUGAAAUUGUCAGUGAUGUAAACUCAGUCCCUGGAUUUUCUUUCUUGUCUGGUGCCCCAGAAUUGUCGCGCACAGACGUGGCAUAGAAAGGACGAUGCAGAGAAGCAAUGUCACCAGGCACACGCUGUUGACAGUCUUGGAUGCGUGACCGUGACCCACAAAGUCAGGCAAAGUCAGAGCAGGCACCUUCCUCCCCACCCACCCGCCCCACCAUCUCAGUUUCUCACCCACCCUGCUUUCCCUGUGAAGUGGGGGGAGGCUGACAACAGCCCGGCUCCACCCCGAGCCCCACCUGGCCUUCAAGAACCUCUGUUUUCAAGAGAGGUGCCCAUCCUGUGCUCGGAUAGUCAGUCAGUCAACUCUUUGUGUAUGAAACCAUGUACAAAUCAAUGUUUUGAAAAUAAUGAUCUCAAAGUUUCUAAGUUAAAUUUUAAAAAAUUUGGUCGUUUGCCAUAUUGGGUGGGUGAACUCUUAGACUCGCAUGCUGUAGAAAUGCUCAAAUGUGCAUAUAGGACUCAGUCCUUAGGUGUUCUUUUUCUUUUAAGAAAUAACCUCUGAAUUGUAAUCAUUGCGGCUCUCUCUCCACUUACUGUCGCGACUCUGCACGCUCCGGAAGCAGUACAGUCCGCAGCUCUACACGCUUGAGUAGCAGGAUAAGUCACUGUUUCUUCAUUUCUUUAAACAAGUCCUGUUCCAAAUGAUCGCUGUUGGAUUCUGGGGGUGCGGAGGCAGGGGCGGGCAGCCGGCCUUCCUCUUCGUAAUUUCCUCACGGCCUGUGUGUACCGCGGAGUGAGCCUGGGCAGCGGACGCAGACUCUGGUUCUGUGGCGAGCCCUGGCCAGCAACAGCAUUUGGACAGCAGAGUGACGGCCCCCGCACUCCCAUCACAGCAGUAGUGGCUUCUGUCUGUCCGUCUGCAGCAUCCUGUACAGAAGUGCGGACACGUGGAGGCCUGGGCCUGCAGAGUCAGCGGGAGCCCCAGCCUGUCCCAUCCACACCUCUAAGCUGUCUGCUCCCUGUACCCUUCCACCUUUCGUAUUUAAUUUUACCGUCUGUACUGCAAGGAAGCUGGCUGCAAGAUAGAUACUGUAUUAAACUGUACUGUUAUUUAAGAUGUAAUAAAGCAGUUGGACAUGAG